AUGGGAGGUGGAGAAAGAUUCAGUGUUCCAUCUGUCCAGUCCAGAAAUGCUACCAAGAGCCAUCAACAACUGAAUAAUAGAAAAAAGAGUAAAGAUCAGAAUUCCCAUAUGAAGAAAAUUCACAAGAAAGAGAGAGGACAUGGCUGCAACCCAUCAUCUGUAGCAUGGCAGGCCAUGCACAAUGAAGGAAAAACCACAGUGCAUUUCCAAACCAACCAGACUUGGAAUCCAGCUUUAUCCCACUCACUUUUCAUGCCUCAAACCAACCAAAACUAUGCUGGAGCAAAAUUCAGUGAGCCACCAUCCCCAAGUGUUCUUCCUAAACCACCAAGCCACUGGGUAACUGUUUCAUUUAACCCUGCUGAUAAAGAAAUCAUGACUUUUCAACUUAAGACCUUACUGAAAGUACAGGCUUAAGUUCCAUAGCAAAGGACACUUCAGUUUCAAUUUUCAGUAUGAAUCCAUUUUGGAGUCCAGAAUUCAAACAAAAGCACAACAUGCAGAACUAAGUCACCAUGUUGGAAAGUAGUUGAAUCGUGUAUGAUGGUGAAAGGUCACUCCUUGGAACUACUCUUAAUUAAAUAGUUCACUUUUGGGUGUUACUGUGCACUGUAUCCAUUUUUAUGUGCUACAGAUGCAUUGUUAAAAUAAUUUGAUAGCCUAGACCAAAUCUCAGUCAUUGUUCUCUAUACAAAUUGUAUUGAUAGUUUUCAUUCUCAGAAAAGUGUGCUUGAUGGUAUGUCUUUUGGGAUGCAGUAAUAUAAGCCAAACAAAUUUUUAACCACAAUAGCAAUGUAAUUGCAAAAUAUGAUUAUUCCCUAUACUGUGAAAUUCUGUAAGUAUUCAAAAUCAGAUGUUUUUGAGCUCUUACCCAAAAUUGUUGUAAAAAGCAACUUAAUUUCAAGUAACUAAUUUUUCUAUCACUGAACUGAUAGGUUGGGCAAGCAAAUAUUCAUUCAAAGGCUUGGAACUUGAAAUCCAAAAUUUGGAUUUGAAAUGCCAAUCUAUAUAAACCCUUGUUUAAUUGCAUGCCAAUUAUUUUCAUUAUUAAUCUAUAAUUCUUAUACAAUCCUUACAAUGCAUUGAAAAUUGAUACCCCAAAAUGUGCCAACUUGAAUGUUUGUAAUGACUGGUACUGCCAAAAGCUUCUAGUACCUUUUUUUCUUCAGUGAAUUUCACUAAUCUGUUUUUGGUAUGCAUUCUGUAUGUUUUGCAUCAUUUCUUGAAACUAAACUGCUAAGGCCAGUGUAUAAUAGGGUAAUCUAUUAUGUGAACUUGUUUAAAGAAUUUGAGAAUUGUAAAAACAUCUUUUAUGGAGGAAGGAAGAGCCAUGUAAAUAAAUGUAAAACUUGUAGCAUAUGUAAAUUUAUUGUGGGCUUUCCUGCCAAAAAAAGAACUAUUUUAGUACAAAACUGCUGAAUGUAAACAAGUCCAUGUUAAAUACAUGGCAUGAUUUUUAUAAAAAAAAUGCUAAAAAAAACCUUUAAAAGCACAUAUCUAUGCCAUUGCACUUGAGUAUCAGUGAAAGAAUGUGCUCAGCCUGCGUCUGCUUAGAUAAGAAUUUGGAUUUAACUUGGUAGAAAGUACCAUUUUUAAAGUUAAAAAUGUCUUUUUGAAGUUAAGGGCGCAGUUGUUUAAUGAAGAGAAAAAAAUCUUGAUAAUUCAGUAAAUGUUUAUGCACUCUUUAGAUUUCAGUCCUGAUAUACUUUAUUGAAAACUGCUUCAUCCAAGUGUGUUUGGGACUGGGCUUUUAAGGUUGCAUUUCAGUGAAACCUCAAUUCCUGCAUAAUAUUAGAACUAUUGCGGACAGUUUUAAUAUACCCUCUGAUGGUUGCUUUCAUUUUGGAUGUAUAAAGUACUUUUAGCAAAGAAACAAAGUAUUAGAAGUUCCAGUGUCCAAAAUGCCAGAACCCCAUCUUGUAUUUAUCAAGAUAUAUAAUAAAGUGUUUUUACAAGUGUUUGUUUUUAAACUAUGUAUUAUAUUGUAGCACUUUUCUUGGCUGUUUUAUAUGCUGUCAUUUGUUAGAAAGUAUUUCAUUAUAUACCAUUAUAAUUAUUAUUUUUUGACUUGUGUCUGAACUCUUCUUAGAAGCAGCAACUUUAGAAUUUGGUAGAAUUUCAGAUGUGUUAGGCACUAUGUAUCUUGGUGAAAAUAGAUUAUGUAAAUAGAUUAUGUAAACUAAAACAUUAUACAUAAUGAAAUGUGUAAUGUUGCUAAGUUUCCAACAAUGGUAAUGAAACAUUUAGUUGCCAUGAAAGAUGUUUUUUAAAAAAAUUGUGAGGGAUAUUUGGCUGUACAUUGUUGCACAUUUUAGCUACAUAUAUAUUCAAAAUGUUUUAGCAACCAUCAGAACAUUUAAAAUAUUUCCAAAUAAAAGAGAUUGGACAAUUUUCUCAAAAUAUUACCUUAUGUCCCACAUGUAUCCCAGACAUUUGAAAAUCUUUGUAUCCCAGAUGUAAUUUUGAUACUAAAUUCUAUGCUUGAUAUACUUGGAUAUGAAUUUGAAACAAAUUUUAAAUAAAAAUCCUUAACCUUUUCUCCCCAA